CGCGUAACUUUAGGACAGGCGUUAUAUAAAGGACGAUCUCUGUCCUCCUUGUCUCUUCAGAAAACGCUUCUUCAUUGCCUCAUUAUUACCAAAUCAUUCACAAGCGUUUCUCUCAAAUUAGGCUUUUCUCUUUUUAUCUCUUCGAUAUCGUCUCAAGAGUUUUUAUUGUUCAAAGUCUUUCGGUUUCCUGAAUCAUCUUGAUCUGGUUUUUGAGGGUUUCGUUUGAUAUCUGGAAAGGAGGGAUUUUGCAAUUCGUGAUCUUUAUCUUAACUCAUAUAAUAUAUAACGCGUGAAUGAGCUUAUGAUGGAAUCGAAAGGUGGUAAUAAAAAGUCGUCGUCUAGUAGUUCCUUAUUUUACGAAGCUCCCCUCGGUUACAGCAUUGAAGACGUUCGCCCCAACGGUGGAAUCAAGAAAUUCAAAUCUUCUGUCUACUCCAACUGCGCUAAGAGGCCAUCCUGAGUUGUAGCGUGCACCGAGUCUCCUAAUAUUAGUUAUCGCUUUUCCUUAUUUUUCCAGUUUACAAUUUUACUUUCUUCUAAGCUCCGUUUCUGCUUGGUUCCCCAAACCAAUCGUUCUCUCCUCCUACAAUGGCCUUAUCCGCAAUCGGCUUCGAAGGCUACGAGAAGCGCCUCGAGGUCUCUUUCCUCGAGCCAAGCAUCUUCCAAGAUACCAAGGGACUUGGUCUCCGUGCUCUGACCAGGUCCCAGCUUGACCAAAUACUCACUCCCGCUGCCUGCGAGAUCGUUUCCUCUCUCUCCAACGAUCAUUUGGACUCUUACGUCCUCUCUGAGUCAAGCUUCUUUGUCUACCCUUACAAAGUCAUCAUCAAGACUUGCGGCACCACCAAGCUCCUCCUCUCCAUCCCGCCGCUUCUCAAGCUCGCCGGUGAGCUCUCUCUGAGUGUGAAAUCUGUUAAGUACACUCGCGGCUCCUUCCUCUGCCCCGAGGGGCAGCCUUUUCCUCACAGAAGCUUCUCUGAAGAAGUCUCUGUUCUCGAUGGUCACUUUACUAAGCUCGGCUUGAACAGCGUCGCCUACUUGAUGGGUAACGAUGACGAGACUAAGAAAUGGCAUGUCUACGCUGCCUCCUCUUCCCAGUCCUCUAGCAACAAUAAUGUUUACACGCUUGAGAUGUGCAUGACUGGUCUAGACAGGGAGAAAGCCUCUGUCUUCUACAAGAACGGCGAGACGGGAACAAUGACUGACAACUCUGGAAUCAGAAAGAUCCUCCCUAAGUCCCAUAUCUGCGACUUUGAGUUCGAGCCGUGUGGCUACUCUAUGAACUCCAUCGAAGGAGAUGCGAUCUCCACUAUCCACGUGACCCCUGAGGAUGGGUUCAGCUACGCUAGCUUUGAAGCUGUGGGUUAUGACUUCAACACUAUGGACCUGAGCCAGCUUGUUACGAGGGUUCUCUCUUGCUUCGAGCCGAAGCAAUUCUCUGUGGCGGUGCACUCGAGCGUUGGGGUGAACGCGUACAAGCCUGAGAUCAGUGUGGACUUGGAAGAUUAUGGAUGCAGAGAGAGGACGUUUGAGUCUUUGGGGGAAGAGAGUGGGACGGUGAUGUAUCAGACGUUUGAGAAGCUAGGCAAGUACUGUGGGUCGCCUAGGUCUACGUUGAAGUGUGAGUGGAGCAGCAACAAUAGUAGUUGCAGCAGCGAGGACGAGAAGGACGAGGGUAUCUAGCAGAACUUUUAUUAUCCAAAACUACUUUUGAGCUUUUCUGUUUUUGCUUCUUAAUAUAAUAUGAAUAAGGUCUUGAGAAGUAGAGGUAAUCUCCUUGUCAAGCAAGUGUGUUUGUGUUUAUCGUGCUUUGUAUGAAUUUGGUUUUUAUAAUAUAUGGGAGACUAUUAUUAUGCUA